AUGGAAAAUGAGGCGAAAUAUGUCCUGGUAACCGGCGCGACAGGUUUCAUUGGCGCUCAUGUCGUUGACGUCCUUCUCUCCCGGGGCGUCAAGGUCCGCGGCGCGACCCGUUCCCUCGCCAAAGGGGACGCGAUGAUACAGGCUCGGCCACGAUUCGCCGACAGGUUAGACUUCGUCCAGAUACAAGACUUUGAAAAGCUCGGUGUCUUUAGCGAGGCCGUCAAAGACGUCGACGCCGUCAUCCAUGUUGCCAGCCCUUUCACUUACGACACCAGGGACAAUGAGAAGGAGCUGAUCGUACCCGCCAUCAAUGGCGUACGUUCGGUCCUCGAAGCCGCGGCCACGAACCCCAAGAUCAAGCGCGUCGUCGUCACCUCAUCGUUCGCCUCGGUCCUGGACGUCGACCGAAAGGCGCCCCCUUACUUCACCUAUACCGGCGAGGACUGGAACCCCCUGAGCUACGAGGAGGCGGCAGCGCCGGGGACGAGCGCGGUCGUCGCGUACAGGGGCUCCAAGAAGUUUGCCGAGCUCGCCGCCUGGGACUUUGUGAGGGAGGAGAAGCCGCACUUCGACCUCGUGACCCUGUGCCCCCCGAUGACGUUCGGGCCGGUGGUACACCCGGUCAGCGGCGUCGAGAAGCUGAACGAGUCCAACGCCAUGCUCUGGAAGGUUGCGACUGGACAGGCGCCGCUUCCGGUGGCCCGCGUUCCGUUCUGGAUCGACGUCCGAGACCUCGCCGUCGCACACAUCGAAGCGCUCUUCAGGCCCGGCGUGGGCGGCAAGAGAUACGUGCCGGCCGCAGACGACCGGUUUUCGUACGGCCUUGCUGCCAAGAUCAUUGCGGAAAACUUUGAUUGGGCCAAGGACGGCGUUGCUCGGGAGGAGCAGACGAUCGACACAUCUCAUGGUUUGGAUGGGGCAACGGCUGCGGAAGAACUCGGUUUUGAAUACCGGACCUUCGACCAAACAGUCAUCGACCUCAUCAAGCAGGCGAAGGACCUGGAGAGAAACGGCAGUGGAGUAUGA